CAAAGUUUGGACGGCGCGGGCCGCGCGGCUCCGCAAACGGCCCGUAGGGCUGCCAUUGCGCACCAUGCGACGGCGGCGGGCAGCCAUGCGAUGGCUCCUCCUACUGAUAACGAGUGCCGCCGCCUCCAAUUCAUCGAUACUGAACUGGCACAGCAUACAUACAAACGCGACGCGCUGGGCUAAUGACAAGCGUGUAAAUAUAAGAACGCUCAAGAACCAGCAGCAGCACGAAUGCGCUAGGAUCAAGCCCUUCGUGCCUCCUACGACGACGACGGCCCUGCCGCCGCCCGUCGAAGGCCGCCGCGUCGCGUGGUUCAUGUCGAUGUCCAAGCCCGACGACGAAGUCAGCGCGACGUACGUCGACUUCGCGCGGGCGGCGACGGCGUCGGCGCGGCUCAAUGCGCCGACGCUCUACCCUUUCUUUUUGUAUACGUUUUUGCCGCAUCAAGACGUCGAGGAGCCAGAUGAUAGGUUAGUGCGCUUUUUGAAAAGGGCGGGGACGCAUGUGCUGAAGUGGCGUCUCAGUUUCUAUGCGGACAUACCUCUGAAGAUCCGAAAGUCGAAGCAGGGCCACGUUUCCGUGGGUGCCUUUGGUAGGUUAGAUGUACCUUUGGUUGCGGCUACGGUGCUCAAACCAAUCUUCGAGCAGCAUAACAUCGACAAGACCUACGUGCUAUACACGGACACGGACGUUAUAUUUGCUCGAGAUUGGCCCGCGCAUAAUCAACUCACGGUGUGCCGCGGGUGUCCGCGGGGCUGGCCGAACCCAAAGUGCUGCAAGCACCCCUUGAAGGACGACGAGCCGGCCGUGUUCCUGGCCGGGACCGAAGUUUUCAGUAUAUGGGGUUUAAAUAGUGGCGUCAUGUACAUGAACGUGCCUAGGAUGUUAGCCGAUAGAGGUAACUUACUAGAUUGGGGCAACGAGAAGGCGUGGCAGUUCAUGAUGUACGACCAGGGCAUGCUCGAGACCUUCUAUCGGCAGAAGGUGCGCGCGGAAGAGUUGAGGCGCGACAAGGCGCCUUUUAGGGACGUCUCCGAGGGGAACUGGCACGCGUGGGAGAGCUUUGAUGAUUUGAAGUACAACGCGCGAGGGUUUAUGAGGGUCCCACCGGAACAGCCUUAUUUGUGGCACUGGCACGGUUUUAAACCGUAUGACGUGGCUUGUUGGCUGUCCGUGCUCGAGCGGGACAGGUGGCACUUCGAGGAUAGCGUGCGGGACGCGAUCCAGAGGACGAAGAAGGAGAAGCUUUGUAGAGGGUUAUUAGGACCGCGCAUGGUCGUGCACGAAUGUUCGCUGGCCAUGUACCUGGAUCUGUACGCGUCUCACUUACAACUGUUGGCGGUCGCGGACGCGCUCGCUGCUGAGUAACUUGUGUUUUGUGUGUC